CAACGGCUGACUUCACUCCCUCCGCUGUGGCUCGUCUUCGGUUUGAACUUCAUGUGUCAAACUCCUGACCACGGCGGCGUUACACGAUUAUGAGACAGUUAGGGCGGCGGGUAGGCAUAAAGGGAGACAUUAGCUGUAAAGUUAUCACGAGUUUUAGAGAAUCUUUAAUUAAAAGUCGUCGGUUUAUUUCGCUGUGAAUCGGACGUUCGCCAGAAAAAGGCGAAGAAGAAACAACUUCGAGCCGAGCGAGCGCGAGGCGGUCAGACCCGGAGGAGCGUCGUUGAACAGCCGUUAUUACACUCGGAGACUUUCGGGAGUUUAGUAUUAUUAUUGUUUUAAUUCGACACGAUGCUCAAGCUUUCCCUACAGAGAGCUCUCCUGCCCGUUGUGCAGAAGUUCCUCCCGGGACUGAAGCAGACGCCGGCGGGGGUGAGGCUGCCGGGGACAGGGCGACACACACCGAGCUGCUGUAUGGGGACACACGGGAGGAACGAGCCGAGGGAGCCGCUCAACUCCCCGAAGAGAGCCAAGGAGUUCAUCUACCGGCUCCAGCCCAAGGAGAGGACGUGUUUACUGCACGAGCUGCAGAGUUUCGAGUCCAUGGCUAUAGCUCAAGGUGAGAAACAACCAGCACAGGUGUACUUUAGUUACUGGUGACCUACACUAAUGAUACACCUGUCUUUAAGUCACAUUUAACUCACUUCAGGUACGAGCACAGGUGAGAAAAUAACAGUGAGCAGGUGAUUGGAUUGCACUGGGGGAACUGAUCAAUGGGUGGAGCUAAUGUUUGAACGAAAAACUGAAAAAUCAAUAUCCAACAACAUAAUAUAAACAGCAUAAAAUUAAACAUGUCAGAUGUUUUAAGAAAAAGUCACAUACAGACAUAAAGAUACACAUAUUUGGUCAAACAUUUAACUUUUUAUUAUAAACUGAGUGAACCCCCAUGUAGGGAUGUAACGAUAUUGAAAUUUAACAUCACGAUUAUUGUGACCAAAAUUAUCAUGGUUAUCAAUAUUAUCAGGGUAUUGUUGAAAUAUGUUCAAAAUGUUUAAAAAGAACGGUUUCACUCCGACUGUACUUGGAUUGAUCGUCAUUUUCCUGCGUUAUAUCUUCUUUUUCUGGUUCAGUGACUGAAACUCUGAUUCCAGAGCAGCUGCAUCUCUUUCAACAACUCCUCUGCAGCUUUAGCGCCGUGCUGUUGAAUAUUUCAGAGGAUGUUGUAGUGAGCUCUGUACUCCAGUUUGAAAAUGAGAAAGUAUUGGAAGUUUUUCACCAUAUGAAAGUCUUUAACUUGAGCCCAUGUAUAAUGGUUAUUUAGUACUGGUGAAGUUUACAGGAUUCCUUUUUAAAUGAAAAUAAUACAGGCCUAUAAUUAGUUAGUACCUUAAUAAACCUCAUACCCUGUCGUGUCAUUAACAGUUCUUCUCAGGACAAACUCAUCUGUUGAAUACUUUCUGUUUUCUGUUCAUCUGUGGUCCAAAGAAAGUAAGAAGUAACUAAAACCAAACAUUACAGUCAGAGCGAUGUCUCAGAAAGAUUUUCAGUUUAUUCAGACAUAAACAAAGAAAAAUACCCACAUGUGGAACAAUUCUUACACGCUGAACUACAAUCCUAAUAGUGAAUAAUUUCUCCUCUGUGCAAACUUAAUGACUUUUCUUAUCAGCUGUAACUACAGUAGUUUGGUACAGUGUGUGUGUGUGUGUGUGUGUGUGUGUGUGUGUGUGUGUGUGUGUGUGUGUGUGUGUGUGUGUGUGUGUUCUGCGGUUCGUUGGCAUGAGCUGGCAGGCGUGUGUGUGUGAGUGUGUGUGUGUAUACAUAUCUUCCUUUGAGUCACCGUCAGACUUUUUCCUGUUUGAAAAGAGAAAAACCCUCCAUGUGAACAAAAGAAAACCACCAUGAGUCACCAGAGACUAAAGACGGAGAAGUAUCUGAGUGACGAUCUCUCCACGGCGUCUCGGGACUCUAAACUCACGUGAACAAAUGACAACAAACAGAUAAAUGACCCUGAUGUGAAAAGUCUUUGGAUUUAAUCCGCUGAGGGACCAAAAGUGUGAAAUUACAAAAGGAAACAGAUCGGCUUCUCCUCGGUGUGUUGAGUUUGGAGUACAGAGGGUCUUAGUGUCUUCGUAAGCUCAAGUCCGAGGAUUUCAGGGAAAAAGUUAGUACCUUAUUAGCAGCUCUGAGCCCGUCUUGAUCCAACGGAAUGAGCUCAGAAGAAACUUAGUCGACUUUAGAUAAGGCGUGGACAAAGUCAACACUCAUGUUCUCUUUUGAAUCCUUUUCAUUUGGAACCUUUGGAGUUUUUAACUUUGCUCGUUCCAGCUUUGUUAACUUCAUUAAAAGGAUGUGAAAGUGUGGAGAGUACACCUCUGAGCAGCAGGAAAAUUACACAGGCUGAGUACAGAAAGUAUUGCUUGUUUGCAUAAAGUAACUUUUUAAUCUUUUGCAUUAAACUCAUAUUCUUCUGCUUAUUAAAGCAGCUGUUUUACAAUAACCAUGAAACUCUGAUUUAUUCAGCAGCCCUGACGGCAUUUUAAUAAGAGCAGGAUUCACUGAAGCGAGUGAUUUCGACCACAACAAGAGUAACGUUCAGCAAAGUCAUCUUGUAGGAGAGCUCUGUUCCUCAUCUGGACUCUUUAGACUCUGCUGACCACAUAAAAAAGCCGGUUCUGGGCUUUCUGCCGGGUUCACCGUAUAAACAAAGAUCCAGCUGAAGCUCCUGACACAGAACACUCCUGAGGAUUUAUCAGAAUUAAUCAGUUUUUGUGAAUGUGUGCUGAACCCAAACAAAGAAUCUCCUCAUCCUAACUUCAUCCGGUUAGAGGAUUUCAUAAAACAUUUUCUCUCCUUUAUACUCUCACAUACUCGCCUCAUUUACCUCUUUAUUUCUUUCGCCGUGAAAGGGUAAGUUCUCAAAAACAUCAGGGUCUGAAGGUCCUGAAAUGAUCUGGAAAAUGUCAGGAGUUCAUGUGUGAAAGGAGUUUUAAAGUCAGCAGAUAAAAGUUUCCCUUUGCUCAAACGUUCAGCUGAAAUAAGAGGAAAAUCUCCAACCAGCAGACUUAUGAUCCAAACCUGGAUUCAGCUCACCAGGUGGUCUGGGUCCUCAGCGUUUUAUGGUGCAUUUUCAUCGUCUCUGCGGCAUCCCAUUAUUAAACACUCACUUUUAGUCUCUGCAGUCAGAUUAUGCUGACACACUGAGAGUUUCAGUUUUGUCACUGAAGCAGCUCCUCUUCACUUUGUUGUAGUGCUGGACGAUAAUUCGAUAACAAUAUAUAUCGAUCGAUAGACGUGUGGUGCGAUAGAAAAAAAACGGGUCGAUAAAAAGUUCGAUAGAAAAACACAGUUUCCCUUUCUUUUUCAUCAUAGCCUAUCAUGUAGCUUUUACUACAGUCAUUACUUCCUCCCAACCAAUCACAAACGCAGACCCAGGUACGCUACGGCACCAAGCCCAGCCCCUAUCAAACCACAACAGACAGCACGUGUAUUAGAAAAAAUGAUACAGCAAGGAGAAGCGGAGGACGUUGUCCCGAAAAACGGUCUCAGUAGUUCUCCAGCAUGGCAGUGUUUUGGUUUUUAGAAGUCUGACAAAAAGCGAACAGCGGUCGUUUGCAAAAUUUGCAGAGAAUUAGUAAAAACCAAGUCUGGUAACACAACCGACUUGUUUUACCAUCUAAACCGAUCGCACCCGCAGGAGUACGAGCUGUGUCGGCCGCGCCGCGGCUCCACGUCGUCGUCGGAGGAGGAAUCCUCUGGAACCGCUGCCAGCACCGGCACAAAGCAUGUGAAGCAGACCAAACUGGACUUCGUUUCUUGUCAAAAUACGACAAAGCGUCCAAGCGGCAUAAGGACAUCACCCAUGCAGUAACAUGCUCCAUAGCGAGGGACAUACUGCCAAUAACUACCGUUGAAAAGCCUGGCUUCGACCAGCUUCUAGCCACUCUCGACCCGCGAUAUGAAGUGCCCGGCCGCAAGUAUUUCUCAAACACAGCGCUUCAGGCAUGAAAAUGGGUCAGGGGUUGAAAAGGUGAGAAGGGUGCGGAGGAAAUACGUUUAAAUGAGCUCAUAUUUUACAAAGACGCGAGUAUUUGGAUCAUGGCUACUAGCAGGGGGUGCAUCCGGCAGGGGUGCAUUCUACGACACAACACCGGCGUGGAUAAGUCCUGCUUCUCGUGCUUAGUUUGUGUAUUAAGUCAAUCACAUGAUAAUUAAAAAAAAUCAAUCUCCCGACCCCGGGAGAAAUAUUUCAGUGUUCAGACACCAGGCUGUGGGCAGUUUCCCACACAGUUAAAACUGGUAGUAUGCUAUUCCCACCUAAAGCUAUUCUGUUUAUUUAUAUAUUUGUUUGUUUUGUUUAUUUUCAUCAAAAGACUAUUUAAAUAUUUAUUUAUCAGAUUUUCUGGUCACUUUAGUCUUUAUGUUUGUCAGUAUUUACUGACGUCACUCAGGCCACUUAAGUUGAUUUCUUUUUUUUUUUUAGUUCUUUUUUAAAAAACUUUCAGUUGUGGUAAAAUAAAAAAGGUGGUUGAAUAAAGGUUUGAAUUUGAAUUCAGUGCUUGUGUGUUCUUUAUUAAAAGUAGGUCAUUAAGCAAUAGCAUAAAACAUCCAGGGCUGCAAUUAAAAUAUAUGUUAAAUAAUUAUAAUUAUAUCGAUAAUUAUCGAUAUCGAUCAAUAUGAUUUAUUUUUUAUCGAUAUGCUUUUUUUCUAUAUCGUCCAGGCCUACUUUGUUGUGCAACAAGCUGCUGCUGCUGCUGCUGCUGCUGCUGCCGCCGUAGACUCUGUCAGAGUUUCCUCUUUUUAUCAGCUGAUUUUUUGAUUGACAUGGAAGUAUGUUUGCAGGAUUUCAUCACCUGUACUUUGAGUAUGAAAAAUGAAUGAAUGAAAGACAAAUACGCUCUGAACAACCACACCCAAACAUUUCUUUGGAAAGUGUUGUGUAAGAGUCUGUGCAGGAAUGUGUCCUCUGUGGUCUGUGCACAGGUACGAUGGUGGUGGGUCUACUUCACUCAUACAAAGGUCCUAAUAAUUAAACAGUUUUACAGUCCUGUUAUCAGCAGGUAGACCCUGUACCUCCUCGUAUUUGUAAGCAGUCGUCUGUUUGAGCUCUGACUGUGCAGCGCGGUCAUUAACAGCCCGGUCGGACUGAGUUUAGCUCUCACUAACGAGCGUCUGUCUGCAGCUCCGAGAUCCUCUCUCCUCUUUUUACUAAUGAGCCAAAUACUGUUGAAGAGCAGAGAGGGAUUUAGAGGCUUUUACUUUACAAUCGUGAGGAAUGUGCAGUUCAGGAAGUCAGUCAGACGGCGAGCUCUGCUGCUCAUUAAAACAUCACAUCCACGUUUUACCCAUUUAGCAAGUCAAUUCUACAGCGGGAGUCUAAAAAUAGAAAAGUGUGCUGUAAUGUUGAAAUGAAUUAGUGAGACAAAAUCCUCUGAUACAACAGAUGAUCUGAUUGGUCAGAUGUGGGGGUAUUUUACGUGUCUGUGUCAGGACUAAAGGUCCUCUGUAUGCAGACUCACAGGCUCAGUGACAUUCUUACAUAAACAUUACCUCUAUUUCUGCAGGGAUGUUGUUGUUUUUUUUUAGAGGUCACUGCCCCAGAACUUUGCUUUUGGUCUCAGGUUCAUUUCUCUGUAUUUAAGGUUCAGAGACAUUAAAUUGAGCUGAAUUUAUUCAUGAUAGGGGCUCCCUGUAACACACUGAGCAAUUAAACUCCAUUUUUUUUUGAUAUUUCCUCAGUGCCUUCGAGCGAUCUCUUUUCCUUUCCGUUAACUUCACCAAAGGUCGGUUCAAGAAGUCUUUUGGUGAGGGAAAACUUUAGUGACGGGUAUUCUGGCUCAUAACUCGGGUUAUAAUCUCCUCCUCCUGUGGGAAACAUGAUGGUUAACCAAACUGCUUCUACUUAAACCUGAUCUAUUUCAUCCACCGCCGACUUUGAGUCACAGCUCUGCUUUCAUUGAACUCAGCCGGCUCCAAUCCUGACACCCGGACUGGCAGCAGGUCAUAUCAACUGUCACUAAUGGAUUUAGUGAAUGAAUUAACUCUCUAACUGAUUGGCUUCCGGCUGGUAAAGUGCUCUCUGCAAGCUGGUGUCGGUACUCUGCCAAAGAUCUUCACGACAGGACCAAACUCCUCAUGGCGACACUUUUUCACACCCACAUCCACCACGGCGUCGUUCCCUCGCUGAUUAAAUCAUUCGGAGGAUUUUUAGUCAUUCAAACUUUGAAGCAGGGCCUUAAUGGGUAUCCAGAUCAAGAUGAGAGAGAUCAGCAGUGGCAGUCACUCAGACCUGGACUGGGUUUGUGGCUGAGUUAAGAAACACCUCCAAACAUCUGAUCUUCACUGAGGUGACCCGGUGGGGUGAUGUUUUUUAGAGUACCUGCUGCUUCGUCAUGUAGGACCUCUGUUGUUUUAGCAUUAGUUGAGAGUUUUAGACACUUAGGAGAGAGAGAGACUGUGAACCCACAUCCAGGAGGAAACACAACAGACCUUUAAUGUUGUUGUUUUUCACCCUCACGUCCGCACACUCACUAUCAGAUGGAGGUUUAUCAGAGGGACUGGCAGAGCGGUUACAAAUUUCUCUCCAUGGUAAUUUGUCUGAAAUGUCAGACCGCUAAUGCAUUAUUCUUGCUAAUGACACUCCAGAGAUCCGCUUGGUUUUCCGUAUAAUUGAAUUGGCUAUCAAUGCCGUCGUCUCGCGGUGACAGGAGAGAAAAUCCAGGAGGGGAAAUCUACUUAGAGGAGGAGAGCGUUUCUACGUGAUUUCCUCUUUGAGAGAGAGAGAGAGGAUUUGCACGUGAUGUGACUGAUGUAGAGGUCUGUUGUCGUUCUGAGUUUCACACAGAAAUCAGACUGUUGAGAUGCUCGGCUGGCGUCCUGUUUAUGCUUUGUUUAAAUUGAAUAAAAGCGUUAAAGAGAUGAGAGUUAUUUCACAGCUGAAAAGAUAAUGUGAAAAGUUUAUUUGACCGUGUACCGCUCACUUUAUUCCUCCAUGUCCUCUGAUUUCUCUGAUUAUUUCAUGCGUAGGUCUUUCUGUGUUAGGAUAUUCCACUGAGUCCAAUUAAAACCUACUUUAACAGAAUGAGUUUCUCUCAGUUUGACAGGGAGGAAAGGAGCUGUCGGGAGGUUAUGACAGAAAAAAGAAAACUUCAUAACACACGGCUGAGAUGAAAACGGUCACUCAGACUGCAGCUCUGUAUGUUGGUGGAUGUAUAAACAGUUUUUCAGAAAUUCUGCUUCUGUCUUUACGAUGAAGAACGACCCCGAACAGGCUCUUCGUCAGGAUUAUCUGUCAUAACUCCAAUGAAACAUCAGUAUUGGUUCUAAAAUUAAAAGCGUGGCCUUUCAGAAAUUGGAUUCUUGAAUCCCUCGAAGCCUCGACUAAUUGCCUCCUCAUCAGAAUAUCUGUGCAGCAGCAGCAGGGUGUGUGAGGACAGCUCUGUGUUUGGGGUUUAAUUGUACAUCAGCUGCUUAUGUCUCCAAUCAGAGGAGCAGGAGAGAGGAAAACUGCAGCCAAACCAAAACAGGAUCAAACUCAGCUCAUCUAUUUUUAAUUACUUUACGAUUGUGACACAAAUAUUUACCUGUUAGGCAGAGAAUAGACCUCUGAGAUUUACUCACAGGGCAUAAAACCUGCUUACAAUAGAGCUGCAGAAAUCAUCUGGAUUACAGCGAUGAUGAUCACUAAAUUAGAAGACAAGUUUCUCCUUUCCUGCUAGGGAUGGGAAUAAAGAACCGGUUCUAAAUGAUUCAAUCCAUCGACAUCAUUUACAUUUUAUAUUAACGAUUCCUUUCAUCCAGGUGUGUUUAAAAACGGUCUUGCGAGUGCCAGUCUACACGAACAGGAACAGAGAUGGGGGGAAAAACAUGGCGGAUGGUUGAAAAGUCGGCAGAAACGAUCUAAAGCGUGGCUUAAUGUUACUAAGAAAGAGACAACAGUGCAACGUUUGUUGAGCAGAGAGAACAUGCAAAGAUGGAAACACCAACAACAUGCUUCAACAUUUGUCAGCGGGGCACGGCAUCAGAUAUCAGGAGUCACAUGUAUUCGAUGAUCUCCUCAGGUGUUGUUGUAGAAUGUAUCCCCUCCACUCAUGAGCUUCUUAAAGUGGAAAAAAAAUGAUCUCAUAUUUAAAAAACACGAGUAUUGGAUCAUGACAACAUGUGAGAUUUAGCAGCAAACUGUCGUUCUGUUUUAAUGUCUCUCUAAAAUUCACAUAUAGAGAUGAACUUGGGUUUAUAAACUCUACAGUAAACUAUCAAAGUAAAGAACUUUAAAUAUUCAGAAUCAGAAGACUGUUGUUUUCGGUUUAUCUGAAUAGUCUGAAUGAAAUCAUUAAAGGCACACGCUUUUGAACCCGUCCAACGGUAAGAAAACUUGGAUUAUUUCACCUUGUUAUGUAGUUUUAACUGUGCUCCCGUCAGGGGUGCAUUCUACCGCACAACACCUGUUGAACACAUGUCCUCUUUUACCCGGACAUGUCCUCUUUUUUUCUCGGGGGGAGUUUAUAAAAUCCUUCAAAUGUCCUGAAUGUGUUUUCACUGAUGAUAAAACAGUGCAGAGGAUCAGUCCCCUCUGCAGCUCCGCCCCUCCGAUCACUUCAAAGAAAGCCACUGAUGCGACGCACUUAUGUUCUGUCUUUGGGAAUUUAGAAUAAUAUGUUUAACUGAGUUAAAAGUGCAUAAAAACUCUCGACCCAACCCAAACGGAAAAAAAAAACCCUCAAAUUUUCACACACAAGUCCGCUCCGCGCAGUAGUGUCCUCUUUUUGGGGAUUCAGAAUAUGGUCACUCUAACAUAUGUCCUGUGUUAAUGUAAACACAAUGAAUGUCAGAAAUGCUGAACAAAUAUCAUUUUUGUUUGAUUAUUUUAGACUCUCACUGAAGGUGGCGUACAUCUAUUUCUGUUAUCAGAGACUCUAUAAAAUGUUGAGUUAACGGUGAAAACCUGUAGUCUACUUUUUUUAAUCGAAGAAAGGCAUUGAUAAGGGAAUCGUUAAAGAAUUGAAUGGAUAAUGGCAUCGAUAUCGAUAAAAUCGUAUCAAUUCCCAUCCCUACUUCCUGCUCUCCACUCCUCGACUCUUCGUCUCCAUUCAUGGUCCGGUUUGUAUUUGACACCGUUAAUAGAUGUCAUGGUUAAAAGGAGAAGUUAAUUUUCAGAGGAAUUUCACCAUCCUAUAUUAUUAGUAUGCAGUUUUUUUUUAGCUUUAAGAUGAAGUAAGUGAGUCAGUGAAGAUCUGAAGACUCUGUGAGGUGAUAUUUUCAUCCUGUUCAUGCAGAGCAGCUGUUUCUUAUUCAUCCUCAGUUUGUGGUUUUGCUCAUUAGCCACUAGAUGAAACGUGGACGCCUCUGCAAACACACCGUAGCUGUUAAUUAACAAGCGGACUCAUAAGAUCACACACCCAGUGAGCAGCGUGUCGUUCAGGUUAGACUUCAGCACUUGAGUCUGUUUAUCUAGACAAAAUGUCACUCCGGCUUUUCCUCUGAUGGAAACAGUUUUAGUGGCAGCGACACGAUUCACAAAUGUCUGAAUCCCCUCAGCGACACACCGACAGUGUUUUUAUCUCCAUGGAGACGACGUGAUCUCUACCUGCUGAUAGGCCUCUUCUCAAACACUCGUUACAUCUUUUCCUAACGAGCCGAGAGGAGUCGAGAUAGUGCUGCGUGUGUUCAGGUGGUUUCCUCCAUCUUCAGAUAAACUGCAAGUGUGCAGAACUUUGCAGGAAUAAAGCCGAACUGAAGCAGCAGGAGGAAGUGUCGGCGCUGUAAGGAAACAGAGGAGAGGCCGUUUCUGUUUGUCUUUUUACAUCAACCUAAAAUCAUCAACACAUUUAUCCUCCUGAAUUCUUCUCAAUAACAAGACAGAGACGACGGCAGCCUGGAGCAGCUUGUCGGGAACCGUUAUAGACCGCUGUGAUGAAAUGUGGUUAAAAAAAACAAGCCUUGAACCGCGUCUGAAAAGCCGAAUCAAAGCUCUACAAAGAGAGAGAGGAGCACGUACUCAUGGUGGUCCUAAGUGAUUUUGUGAUCCAAGACUUUGAUUAGGACUCUUGAGUCUCCUCUGCAUCUCCGAGCAUCAUCACCACCACCCAAGUAUUUCAGCUUUAAUGUUGACAUCGUUUACUGUGGGGGGAAAAAAAACAGGCAAUAAAUAAAAAGGCAGACCUCUCUGUGGAUUAAUGCGGACGCUGAACAUCUGUGGAAGAAAGGGAGAGAAAGAGAGAGUGAGAGAGAUGACAGCGUCCACUUUAUAUUUUAGGUGUUUGUGUGUUUGUGUGUCAGUCUGCGCUCUCAGACUCAGGUUUAGUAUUAGCACUGAAAAUCACUAAACCUGCGAGUUUUACUUUAACCAGCUGAAAUCUUGUGUUGUCUUGUUCUACGGAUGCAGUUCUAGUGAAACAGACUCAGACUCUGAUUGUUUGGACGGGUACAGAGGGGUUUUUGUCCGUCUUACUUCUUACCUUUGAGAAUUUCUAGGAGAUGCAAUCCAAAAAUGAAAUUAAAGAGCCUUUAAAAAUGUGCUGAUAGCAGAAUAUCUGAGAUGGUGGAUAAUAGGAGCAGACUGAUGCAUGGGUUGGUCUGCUCUUCUUUGGACUGAGCUCUGUCUGGAGGUUUGCCAUUUCUUCCCUGGGUUGUUGUGUGUCUCAGUGCAGAGAAAAGUUCCCGUGAUAGACGCCUAAAAUGAAUUCAAACAAAUAGUUCAAACCUUCAGGGAGUUAAUUAGUGAGAACAGGACUCCUCCCUCCGCUGUGGCACACACACACACAGAUCCUGUUCAGUGCAGGCGUAGGUGCUGCCUUUGCAUCCGUCCAGCUCUGAACUGAAGUUUGGAUCUGGAUGAAGUCGAUGUUAACGGGCAGUUUAAUAUCCUGUUAACUGGUGUUGUCAGUACAAAUUAGUAUUACAGAUAAUAAAAAGAAAGAAAACAGUCAUAGCUUUAAAAAAUGAAAAACAAAAGCCUCAUUAGUACAUAAAAAAUGAUAAUAUCCUUAAUUUCUCUGCUCAGUUUGUGAUUUUUUUCACACACCUCAGACACUCGUCAGUCUCUCUCUGGAGCAGGUGGAUGAUGUGUGGUGGAUGAAGCUGUUAUUUCCUCUGAGACUUCACAAAGACGAGCAAUCUGUGCAGGAGGGGGAUCCGGCGCUCAGCAGCACCUGGCAAGUUUAGACGAGAUUAAAUGGAGAGGUGAUGUUUGAUUGACACACAAAUUUAGCCCCUCACUUCAAAUGUGGGUGAGCCCUCCGGAUCGACAGCAGCAUAAUGAGGCUUUCAGCUGAGCCGAAAUGGAGCCUCAUACUGGGAGAUUGAGAUAAAUUCUGUCCUCCUCUCCAGCUGACACUUACACAAACAGCCGAAUAAGAGCGGAUGGUGGAGAGUGACAGGUGAGGAAAUAGAGAAGAGCUGGGGGCCACACAGUCAUUCUGCAGAACAAGACUUUAAACCCCAGAAGUGAUCUGAAAAUAUAGUUUUUUUGUACUUUAGAGACGAUGCGCUGGUCCUCCUGAGAAGAGAAGUUUUAUUCAACAUUGAAUACCUAAAACCAAAUCCUAAAGAUUCAGAAGGAGAGUGUUUUAUAUUUAAUAUUAGGGCCCGACCGAUUUAUCGGCGAGCUGAUGAGAUCGGGCAAUUUCAGCCCGUUUGAGACUAAUCAAGUAGUUGAAAAAGCUUUUCUGGUCUGAGUUUGAUUAGUUGGUAUUCCUGUCGGCGUGAAGAGCAGUAGCCUACAGUAUAUCUACAGUAUAUAUAUUUUAUAACUUUAUAAAAACUUUAAAAAAACGGCAGACUAAUCAGUAAUCAGAUUUCUUUCCCCCCUAAUAAUCCAUAUCGGUCGGGCCCUAUUUAACACGAUCUAAUAUGGGAUCAGAGUCGCAGGUCUUUCUUGACUUCAGAAAGGCUUCAACCAAUCACGUCCUCCCAGCAGUGAUCGCUCUGUGCUGCAUGUGUUAGUGUAGGUAACCAACAUUAACAUUUGCAGCUCUGAGAUCUCUAUUUAUCGCUCCUUUAAUCUGAUUAAAUGUGUCGGUUAUGUGGGUAGAUUUUGUGGCUUUACUGAAUUAAUCCCUCAAGAGCUGAUUCUAAAAUCGGGAAAUCGAUCCCACGGUGUUUCUGCAUCAUCCCUCUCAUCUGAACCAUGAAGCUGAACCUGCAGCCUGAUUCUCAGAGAUAGAUCUGAUCAGACUGAGUCAUGUGUCAGAAUCAGAGCUCAUCACGCUGAAUUCAGACCUGACUCCUGGACUCAACGCCGCGGACGAGUUUUCCUCCAUGACUCUUGCCGCAUGAAGUAUCUCUGCCAGUGAUUUUCACUCGGCAUGAAGGUUUGGCGCCCAGAUUUCUGGAUAUAAAGACACAUCCAAGCGAUGGUUGAUGAGCCGCCAGGCCUGCUGGUGGAGGAGGAGGAGAGGCAUGUGGCCGGUUGUUGGUGUUUUCUCAUCCUGCUGUGAGAUGGGAGCGGAGUGUGACAUGAAAUCCUGCUCUGCCGGACACUCAGUGGGAGAAAUGGACCUGUGCCACUGUGGUUUCUUCCAGCUGAACAGAAAUAGCUGUCAGCAAACUCGUAAUGAUGGGGAUGGUGGAGGAUUUGGAAAGAUGGAGUCAACAGGAGAGCCUGGGUAGCUGUUAGAAGGAUUCAGGUUUGGGGAUUUCAGACAGAUCUAUGUGAAAACCCGGACUGGUUGAUGAGAGUCUGUUAGUUUGUGAGCAGAUAGGAAAUUUUCUUAAACCAAAGUACUCAGAUCUCUGCAGACCGUUUCAACCAUCAUUUCUUCUUCUUUUCAGAGCUGAUUUUCUGCACCGAGCUGCACAUUUCUCUCCACACUCUGUCCUCGAAUGAAUCCGCAACUCUGUGCUUUUCAAAAACGUCGUUUCCACUUGAGACCAAACGCUGACAGUUAACCGAAAAGUUUUCAAGGACGAGGAUCCGCCUACUGCCAACAACACUAAAAGAAACGCAGAGAGAGUUUGAGACGCAGACGUCAAAACAAACGUCUUGUUUCUGACCUCUGAGGAGGUGAAAUCGUACUCAGACACUGGAGUGCUUUAGCCUCACAGGAGGUGGAGGUCGAAAUCAUGACAGAGGUGGUGCUGUAGGUGUUUUUCUGUUUUCUGACAUUUGUUUCAGCAGCAGUAAAUAUUCUGAGAUAUGAUUCAGUGAUCAGCAGUAAGACGUGUUUCUCUUUGUUUUCCUUUGACUCUUCAUUGAAGUGUAUUUAUUAGUAAAUACUUAUUAUAACUGUGAGUUUUCAGUCUGAUCCAUCUGUCCCUUAUGCUUUUAUCGUCUUUUUUACAUCCUGAUGUAUAUGCAUGUUUUUUAUCUAACAGACUUCUGAAUUAUUUAUCCUCCCGUCUCCGGCUUUAACUCGUAGGAAGUUGAGAUUUUUCUAAGAGGAGCUGCUCCGUUCCUGUUUUAUUUAACAUACAAAGAAAUGCUCUGAGUCAGGAUGAAGUGAAGAGGUUUGUAAAUGAGGAACGGAGUGUUUGUGCGUUAGUGAGAAGCUUGUUCCUGCGUUAACUCAUCUAAAUGAGACAGCCUCAGUGAUUGGUUAAUAGAUUGAUUGACUCUUGUAGGAAGUCGCUCUGCUCUGUUGAUCAGCAGUCUGACAGCAGACAGAUGAUGCAGCAGAUGCUCAUGUUUUGACACACACACACACACACACUCACACACACACACACACACACACACUCUCACACACACACACUCACACAGGUAAAUAACUCAGAAGUGGUUUAGCAGUGAAGAGAGUCAGUAACUGAAGGAGAACGUCGACGUUAAAAACCUAGAAUAUUGUGAUUAUUACUCAAGAUGCCCUAAUUUAACCCUUUCAGUCCUUGUUCUGAUACUGAUCCAGUCUGACACUAAAGAUGACCCACUGAUGAGGCUUGCUGUAAGCAGAGAGUAGUCUAAAGGUCCUUACACACCGAGAAACUGGACACACAGUAUGAAAACUUUAGAAAAAUCGACUGUGAUCCGAAAAAAUAAAUGCUGCAAUAUCGCAGGACGAGAAAACGUCGCUGAUGUUCAAAAAAAAAUAAUGAUGUCCAAAAUAAUCGCACGAAAAAAACACUCCCAGUGUGAAAGGAGCUUUAAGUUCAGUGUAAUAAAUCCAUAACUCUUUGCCAUAGAGCUGGGCAAUAAACCAAAAAUUUACUGAUACCAAAAUUUAAGACAAUAACUGACGUCAUUUUGUCCAUAUCCAUAUAUUCAGUGUCAAAAAUAACUAAAUGGAAGUUGUUUUUGGAUGUGUGUAGGUAGGCUAUGGUCUCAUGUCCCUUUAAGACGCUGUCCUACGUCAGAGACGUGACUCCACCCCCAUCCAGUCCGUAACAAAGAGGGAAAGACAGGUGAGGAGAUGGAGGACGGAGAGAAAGUUGGAGCAGCUGAAGUAGACGAAGUUACUGUGGGAGGGGGUGAGCAGCUGGUGGAGUAGUUAUCGUCCAUUUAUCAUGAUCGCAGUGCACUGAUCAAUGUAUCGUGAUAUUGAUUUGAGGACAUAUCUCCCAGCCCUACUUUCCCAUCAAUCGCAGCGUCUAGUCAGAUCAUCUCUAGGUACCAUCGUCGUACAGGCUGUGGUUUAAUUUGUGUUAAAUUCCUCUAAACUGUGUCAGACUAGUUUUCUGAUCACUUCGAACAUAUUCAACCUCAUCCUGACAACACUCUCCCGGCUUUUCUCCUCUGACUCCAGUUCUGUUGUUCCUCUCAGCAGGUGGUCUCUCAGUGAUGUUCAUUUUUGCCCGUGUCAGUCAGACCUAUUCCUGGACACGUUUCCUCAGGAGUCAGAGUGUUUGUACUCACUCCGCAGUCAUUAGAAAGUCAGAAACUGAAAGUGUGAAAAUGGGUUAUUCCCUCAGCGCGGCCUGGUAUUUUCUGCAGCGUAUUGAAUUAAUAUCCUUCUUUCAACAAGACAAAAAAGUCAACAUCCCAGCAGCAGCCCUGUGGGCCAGAGACGCUCCCAACUCCUAAUUCUUGGAUGGCAGCAGAAUUACUCUCUCUCUCUCUCUCUCUCUCUUUCUGCUGCUAAUGAGGAGAGUGAGUGAAAAUGUUCGUGUUAGAGCUUCUGAAAGUUUUCUGUAAGACCUUAAAACUGUUUUGUAAAUGUUGUUUAGAGAACAUGAAAACAAAAGAAAUGUAGUUAAAUGAGAAGAAAGAGAAAACACUGAGCUGUUUCUGUAAAUUCAUAAUGUUUCUGUUGAAUUUAGUCCAUCAAGAUUAAACCAGUUUUUUAUUCAAUAUCAAGAAAAGUUACAACAGGAGUCUUUAUUGGGAUGACAGUGCAAAGAUAAACAAACACUGAGGCGCUCAUAUUAGUUAACACUCAGACUUUUGUCCUGGAUGAUGUGGUUCUUCUAUCUUCAUCGAGCAGUGACCUUCAGCUCUUGCUGGGGCGGUUCACGGCCGAGUGUUAAGCGGCUGGGAUGUGAAUCAGCACCUCCAAGUCCGAGGUCAUGGUCCUCAGUCAGAAAAAGGUAGAUGGCCUUCUCCAGGUCGGAGGGGAGGUCCUGCCUCAAGUGGAGGGGUUCAAGUAUCUCAGGAUCUUGUUCAUGAGUGAGGGUAGGAUGGAGCGGGAGAUCGACAGGCGGAUCAGAGCAGCGUCAGCAGUGAUGCGGACGCUUAACCGAUCAGUGGUGGUGAAGAAAGAGCUGAGCCGUAAGGAGAGACUCUGGAUUUACCGGUCGAUCUACGUGCCGAUCCUUACCUAUGGUCAUGAACUUUGGGUAAUGACCGAAAGAACAAGAUCGCAGAUACAAGCGGCUGAAAUGGGUUUCCUCCUCAGGGUGUCCGGGCUCAGCCUUAAAGAUAGGGUAAGGAGCUCGGACACUCGGGAGGCGCUCAGAGGAGAACCGCUGCUCCUCCACGUCGAGAGGAGUCAGCUGAGGAGGCAUCUGGUUAGGACGCCUUCUGGACGCCUCCCGUUAGAGGUGUUCCAGACAUGUCCCACCGGGAGGAGACCUCGUGGCCGGCCCAGGACCAGGUGGAGGGAUUAUAUCUCUCGCCUGGCCUGGGAGCGCCUGGGAAUCCCCCCGGAGGAGCUGGUGGAAGUAGCUGAGGUGAGGGCCGUCUGGGCUUCCCUCCUGAAGCUGCUGCCCCCGCGACCCGGACCAGGAUGAAGCAGAAGAAAACGACGAUGACCCGAGCGUCAGAAUUAAAAAGUUUUACUUUUAAUGAAGGUUUCAAUGACUUUUCCAGCUGCAGAAAUCAAAAACUCUUUAAAUCAGGAUACAUGAGUUUAAAGAUUGAGUGUCUGUGUCUGUAACCCUGCGCUCUGUGUGAAUGUCUUUAAAACUAACUUAUGAAAAUGGAUGAGUGAUAGAAAAACUGGAGGAUUUUAAUUCCAGAGAGGCGGUGAAGAGCGAGGCAGACCUACAUUUGUUGUGUUUUUUUUACAUACAUGUAUAAUCAGCAGAAUGAAUCAUUUUUAAUGUAUGAAGUGAAGCAGCAGAGCGGAGAGGAAGUCCUCCGAGACUUAGAGAGAAGAAUAAAAACCUGCCUUUGUGUUGGUACUCACGUAGUCUGAAGGUCUGUUUACAUUUAUUUCCACUUACAGCACAACCACAAACUUUCCAACAGUGAAAUGAUUGUAUUUAAAUGAAGUGAAUCUUAUGAAGGUGGAAGUUAUUUCUGUACCUGACAUCUGUGACUCCACACUUUACCUGAAAAUCAUCACUACUCAGAAACUCACCUGAAAUUUCCUCUCACCCUCACUCUGUCCCUGUGUCACUUGGAUGAAACGCUGUUGCUAUAGCGAUACUUCUCACUGAGUGGAACCGAAUUUGUUGCCUGGCAACCUCGGCUUAUUGAACAUUCCAUCAGGAAGCAGAGAGAAGGGAAGGAGCGUCAGAUCCCCGUGUGAAUCUAACGACAAAUCUCCGACAGUGAAACUCUGACAGAGACUCUUUGGUUUGUAGACGAUCGGCUUCGACACGGAGGUUUCAGAUUUUACAGGGAGGAAUAAAAACAGUGCAGGGAUGGAGUCAGUUUGUUUAAGCAGUUUGUACAUUAUUUAUGUUGAUGAAAGUUUGAUAUUUGAUAAGAACAGGUAACAUGCAGGAUUGUGAUAUUAAAACGAUUGAAACUGUGAGAAUUAGGGAUGCAGGAUAACGGCGAAGGUUCUUACUAUUAGAAUAGAAUAGAAUAGAAUUCAACUUUAUUGUUAUUGCACAUGCCACAAGUACAGAGAAACGAAAUGCAGUUUGCAUCCACCUAGAAGUGCUGAGCAAGUAUAAAUAUAUUGACAAAUGUACACGGUAUGAAGGCGACAUAUACAUGAGUAUAUCACAGGUAUAUAACAUUGUUAUGAAUAUGCUAUAACUAGAAGUAAAGAUUAUACAUAUAGAAAUAAAUAUGAAGGCUAUAAACAGACUAUAAAUAUAAGUAUAUGACAGAUAAAUUAUGCAGUCGUGCAAAUGAGGUUUGAAAGGUUUAAAGUUGGUUUACAGAUAGAAAGUGCAGGUAAGUGUAGAUAAUUGUAAGUGGUGGUUCAGUGGUUGUGUGUGUGUGUGUGUGUGUGUGUGUGUGUGUGUGUGUGUGUGUGUGUGUGUGUGUGUGUGUGUGUGUGUGUGUGUGUCAGUCCUUGAGUGUUAAUGUGGUUCAGAUGUCAGGAGGCGGAGUUCAGGAGUGUGACAGCUGUGAGGAGGAAGCUGUUCCGGUACCUGGUGGUCUUAGUCCGGAGGCUUCUGUAGCGCCUCCCAGAGGGCAGGAGGGUGAAGAAGAGUCCAUGUGCUGGGUGACUGGAGUCUUUGACGAUAUUACUGAAUAUCUUAAUGUUGAGUUUGGUCACACUUGAGGGUAAGGAAGGGUUAGUAAUGCUCUACACGGACCAACUCCAGCUGAAAUCAAGAGGAACCUCUAACUCUCUAAAACUCCAUCCAACCAAACACUCUGCUGUAACCCUCCUCUAAUAAUAGAGCAUCGGACAAUCAGCUGUUUCUUCUUCUCCUUCUGAAAGUUCAUCACGGCUCAUCACCAGUGAAGAAGGUGAAACCAGAGCAGCGUUUCAUGGAGAUAUUCCUGACAGCCUGGCGUUUGUGUUUGACUCCUGGUACUGAAAUAGAUCCUGACCUUUCCACGGUGAUGGGUCGCUGACAGAGGUGUGAUUCUGUCCACGGUGCUGCUUCCUGUUUGUUUUGAAAUAUUAGUCAUGCUGUCUCUCUCACACACACACACACACACACACACACACACACACACGUCUUUCUGCUUUUCCCAAAUGUCGCAGGAAAGUUGGCAAAACUUGUGUAAGAAAAUCAGAAAAGUGCAGACAGUGAGUCUGGGUAAAUCUUGGGCUGUAAUUGAAUUCCUAUAAUUGGUCUGAGGCCUGGAUGGACUCUGCCCCAGUGACCCACUUCUCUUUGAGUCCCUUCAGGGUCCCCCGGACUUCACACUGCAGCCGCUCCUCUCAUCUCUGAGCAAUUCAAGUGUGACGGCAGAUCAAACCGGGAUGUGAAAUUACUGAGUCUGUAACACAUGAACUCCGGUCCGUUAUGUGACCCAGACCUGCUCUCCAGCUCUGCAUGAGUCCUGACGUCUCAUGUAGAAAAGUUUGUUUUUGUUUUUAAAGCCUUUUCACUCAUUUUAAACCGUUUGAAAGGAGAUUUGAAAGAUGGAGUUUUGUCUGCCUUAGCUCAAUCUUUGGUCUCCACCGCCCUCUGAGGGAAAGAUCUGCUCCUCUAAGCCCACCAGCUCGUCCCUCACCGCUCUAUUUUACAGACGUCUCUGAACACGACGCCAGGAGGAGCACUGAGAGCGACCCGAAACAGUAAAGCGACUCCUUUCUCAUGCCUCAUUGUUCCCCUGCUGGAGUUUAAGCUGCUGCUGAUGAAGAGCUCUCACUUAACGGAAACGUUCCUCAAACCUGGGGCCGCGUUCGAGGUCCUCUGCUCCCAGGUGGGAAGCAGACUCAUCUGUCUUUCGCUUUAAUUGGACCUGCAGCAGCUGCUCCUGCAGAAUUUCUAAGUCGUCUCAAGGAACAGUUCGAUCAAUCCUGUCCUUAUGAGGGCUAAAGGUCCAAACUUUGAGCUAUAAUUAGUCUGUAACACAAGUUUUAGUCUCUGUUUCUCAUUUCAGUGAGCCAAUCUGAAAUCACGAUGCUUCUUCAGACCGUACAACACAAUGACUGCCAGGUUAAAAAGAAGCAGCAGCUCUGACCCUGAGUAACCUCGCUGAAACGUCCUGUUUGGGCUCAUUGAGACUGAAAUAAUUCAUGCUGAUGAACGGCAGAACAGGUCACUGUGAAAGUCGAACCGCCUCCAUCAUUUUCUCCACUUUCCUCCCUUUAUUUAACAAUUCAUGAAGCGUAGAGAGACAGGAAGAUAAAUGACAUGCAUCAGGAUCUUUCAGCUGGAGCUUUGGCUGAGCUGUCACGGGUUCGGGUUUUCAGGAUCUCUGCUGUAACUGUGUCGUUCAUUAAAUCAUAAAGGUUAUUAAUGAGUACAGUUGACCUUUAAGAGCUCUGGAUCAUGAGUGGACUGUGAAGAGUUCAUGAGAUGACUGCUGAUGUUUCUCUUUCUUCUUCACAGAGACGUUGGCGCCCUCGCCACCGACUGCAGCCCAGAUCAGAUACGGUGAGAGAUGAUGGACACACACACACUCACACACACACACACUAAUCCUCUGUAAACGGAUCAGAGUGAAGGUUUGGAGGAUGAUGGAGGUUCACCUUCGUUACUUUAAUAACUCCCCUGCAGUGAAAUUCACGUACUGACCAGCCUCUCAUUAGCUUUGUUGGCUCUCUUGUCCAUCAUCUCCAUCAAAUGAUAUUUUUACUUUGAAGUCUGAACAUCAGAGAGAAAUUCAGCUCGAUAACUGACCCCCUUUUUACCGCCCUCCUCGUCUUUGUAAAGCUGCCUCUUUUUCCCCAGAGAAUAACAGGCUGCGCUCAGAUUUUUCACUGCAAAUAAUAUCUCUGAAUUUAAUUACCAUAGCAACCUUCACACCUACUGUGGGCUCCAUCAGGAAGUUUUUCCACCGUCAGACCUCAGACUGGGUUUGUCUAUGGGGCUUUAAAGAGUCACCAAGUUAAAGGUGGUGUAGGCAGGAAUCUGUUAAAAAAGCAUCUUAAAAAAGCAUUUAAAAUCAGUCGAUAUCUAUUAGUUAUUGGUGACAUUUGGUAAUAUAGUAAUAUCGCUGUGUUUUGUUAUGUCUGUGUAGUAGGGCCAGACCGAUAAGGAUUUUUUGGGGCCGAGCGUCUGUUUGUGGGCGGGGCUUAAGAGAGGGAGAGGAGGAGCUGAGGGGAAAACUGUUUGGGAGGGGUAGAGUUUACAUUCAGGAUUUCUCCUAAAAACUGGAACUAACUCAGAUCCUGACUACAACACCUUUAAGAAAUGAGACAGUCGGUGUAGAUUUUAGUGCUGGGUAUGUUUAAACAGCUCAGUAGUGCCCCCUACAGACCCAAAAUAACUCAGGCCCUGCAGCAGGUUUUUUCCUACAGUUAUGAAAUUAGGCAGACUCGUUUUUUAGGAGAAAACUCUCUUGGAUCAGUACAGUAAAACCAACAGAAAGUCAGCUGUUUUAUCAGUGAUUCAUCAGAGAAACUUCUUCAGCGAGAAUAUUCUCUCAGAAACUUUUUUAAUCCACACUCAAAGACGAAGCAGUCAGUUUUGAAACGUGAUUAACAGCCGGGAUCUGUCUCACAGUAAAUUAGAGUAACGUCAUAUCAAUUUUAAUUGUCAGAUUAUCUCUUAAUCCUCCCAGCGUUGUUCAUUAACUCCUCUCUGUUUGUUUGCAGUGUUAUUUCACAACGCCAUCCCCUUUGUUGGAUUUGGUUUCCUUGAUAACGCCAUCAUGAUCGCAGCAGUAAGUGGAGUGAUUUACUCAGUGAUGAAGCCUAAUCUUUCUGGAAUCACUCCUCUGAUAGAAAAAAAAUCCACAGAUUUUGUGAAAUGGAAUAAAAAAAGAAGUUAAAUAAGUCGAAGUUUCUGCGGUUCACUGGUUCUGUUUUUUUUCCUCAGGGGACACAGAUUGAGCUUUCCAUCGGAGUCACUCUGGGAAUCUCCACCAUGGCUGGUAAGAACUCAGAAUAUAUGAGGUUUAUUUUUCAUAUGGUGUUUUAUAUGUAUAUAUAUAAAUAUAGAUAGAGAGAGGGAGGAAAAGAGCAGGCGGUGGGGUUAUAUAUAGACGUAUUCCUGGGUUCUGAUCGCUGUUUUACACACAUCUGUUGGUUUUAAUCAGCUUCUCUCAGUCACCUGCACUCACCUCUUUUUUUUAUCGUUAUUUAAUGUUUUUUUAAAAGCUAAUGCAGGCGUUUGAGAUUCAGAGUUCAUUUGCAUAUAAAGCAGGAAAGCGCCAUCCAAUCUCAGGUGAUCAUUCACGAUCCGGCUGAGCGCGCCUCGCUGUGAUUAGAGCUGUCGACUGUGAUUGGAUCACAAUAUCAGGUGUAAAUGAGGAAACGUGCAGCCGGGUCAGGAGUAGAAGUCUCUCCUGGGCUCUGGUGGAUCUCGUUCAGUCUCUAAUCUCCCUCAUGACUCAGGAUUUUCUCCUCGAUGUCACUAACAUCAUCUGACGGGGGUCCAAUGAACCUCCUGAACCCCCCCAAACUCUCCGAGGAUCAGGUGUUCAUUCAUAGGUUUCUUAAACUUUCAUGGGUUCUGGAGGAGGCUUUGAUUUUCCCACAAUGCAUUGCUCAACAAGCAGUAAAAAGUUCAGUCCAAACAUUCAUCACCAGAGUAAUCUUUUCCUCAGCGGAGCGUAAAUGAUGGAAUAAACUAAGCUCAGGUAGUUUGUGUUAUUGUGUGACUUUAGUGUUCGAACGAGUCUAACACAAUCUUUGUUCAACGCACAAUUAAACAAACCGACUAAUCGAUGUCUGCUGAAAACACAGUGAUUGUCCUGCAGAUAGUGAUAGUAUUUGUGGUGUCUGUCUGUCUGACCCGUGUAGAGAGUCUCUUCAGAUCUCAGCGUGGACCCGAUGGUGCCACAUUCGCCCUGAAAGAUUACAUCGCGUUCAUUAAAGUCUGUUUUGAGCUUCCAGCUGAAACAAUCUUCAGAACUACCUCUAAAGAAGUGAAGGACCAGAGCUCAUCUCUCAGUCCCCACAGGUGUUCCUGCUUUAACUCGGCCCUGAAUUCACUUUAGUGUCCGGCACCGUGAACCCUCUUUCAUCAUCCAUCACUCGGGGGACUAAUAUCCCGACGUACAGAAAAAACACCUCCAGGUGUGUCGAACUGUUUUAAACUCACAGCCUGUUGUCGCCGCGGUCGCCGUUCUGGGUCUCAGUUUAGGUCUUUAUUACAGAACCAAACUCUGCGGAACCCAUAAAGGCACUGAGCUUCCCCCCCCCUCCCUUUUUUUCUGCCACUAGAUUAUUCCGUUUCCAUGGAUACUUGGCUCCAAUUUCCCCUGCAAAGUGCAAAUCAGAGGCUGGAGACGGGCCCUAGAUCAAUAGCUGCACUCGCGCUCAUGCUUUAUAUUUGUUUCAUCAUCAUCAUCCAUCCGGAGCAGAUGCUCCUCCAGUUCACUGGUUUCAUAGUUUGAGGACCCUCUGCUGCAGAUUCGCUCCAUUGUUUUCCCUCACUUCUCUGUUUCUGUCGGCCGCUAAUGUGCUGUUGAAAGAUCUGAACAACAUUUCCGUUUCCAGGAAAGAGUCAAACUUUGAAGGAAAGUAAAGAUUGAAGCCGUCCAUCUGCUGUUUCUGUCCCGAAGGAAAGUCUGUGCCCCAGGAGACAAAACAAACACCUACUUCUUCGCCUGUUUGUGGUUAUAAUGACCACAAACAAAUAUAUCCACGACCAUAUUGUCAGCAACUACCCGAGAAAAUGCGUUCCACAGCGUGAAUUAUUCAUAUCUGCCAGCCAAGUGUUCUAGAUGGAGACCAUGAAGUGGAAUAGUCUGCUGACAGUGAAACGGCAGAGGCAGAGGGAGAGCAGCUGACUGCUUUCUUGGUGUUUUUCCAAAGGUGCUCUUUGUAAUGUAAAAACUUUCACACCUUCUCGUACUCCUACUGACUCUCAUUGUGCAGCGAGGAGCAGCUUUGAUCUAUUGUUUAUUCCGCUCUCUGUUUCUCAUCUUUUUAUAACUCAAAGAGAUGUAUGUGGGCCACUCAGCACCACAGAGUUUAAGUGUUUUCUCUCAUUCCUUCUGGUCGUCUUCUGAGUGUGGAGGUGAGCUGCUUUAUUCAGGGGAUAACACGAUCUUUAGGAUGGAUAACACCGUGGAAACCCUUCUUAGACGUGUCUAAAUCUGGACUAUUAAAGUUGAACUCUAAUCAAACACAUGGAGAAGUUAUUAUCCCUCUUUGAAUUAUGAGUUGGUUCAUUUAGUGAUUGGUAUUUUUGGUAUUUUUGGGCUGAAAUGCCUGAAAUAUUCUGUGUCCAGGAUGUAAUGCAGCCUCCUGCCACUAGUGGGGGCUGUAACCAGCUUUUGUUUGGAGCAGUUACAGUUACAGUCAAGUUUUUAUUUUUUUUUGCCAUUUAAAUCCUGAUACCAAAUGCUUUGAACCCUUUAAACAGUUUUUAAAAAGUCUUUAAGAAGUCUGAAGUUUUACAGUUUCACUCCAGACGUCCGCCGCCAAGUUACUGAGGCCUGCAUGUCUCCUGAAAGCACAGCUGUAGGUGUGUGUUUUGGUGUGACUGAAUAAGCUGAAAAAGAGCUCCAUGAGCAGGUGAGCAGACUUUGACACCUGAGUCAUGCAUGAAUGUAAUGUGUCGCGGAGAGAGCUUGUAAAGGUUGAAAGAAUAGAAAGACUCGGGGGACCGUAAAUGUGCAGCUUUCCAACAGUUUGUCAACCUUUCACAGGGUGACUGACAGCCCCGAGGACUUCAGUCUGUCUGAUUUAAACUGCUCCAGAUAAGAAAUCAACACAUCAGAGAGUGUAUUCCUCCAGAGGUUUGGGUCAAAGCAGCCUGAGGGGAAAAUGAAAUUGACCAAAAGCUGCAGCUGCAGGAAACUGUCAGUCCUGACUGGAGAUUUAAUCUCGGGGGAUUUUCAGUUUCAGAUCCACUUUCAGGGACAUUUUAUCGAAACCAUUUAGAAAAAAAAAGACGUGUUAAAAAUCAUUUCUUAAUUAUUGCUGAAGCACAAAAAAAUCUGUAAAAUCCCUCUGUAUUCGUCAUGCAUCGAGUCUCUUUGUUUUUCAUCAAAGAAAAGCAGAAAUCCGAGUGUUUGCCUCUUUGUGUUUUUUCAGCUGCAGCUCUGGGGAACCUGGUUUCAGAUCUAGCAGGUCUCGGGUAAGCUGAUUUAUGAACCGUCUCUGAGGGUUCAAUUUGAUUUAGAGUCAGACGUUUGAAAUCUGUUUGAGACCCCGCAGGUUCGAGAAGUUAAAGGUGCAUUUGGUGUUUUCUGCAUUUAUGAAUUAAAACAUUAAAUCAGUGAAGAAAGCUUUCUUUGUCUCUGUACUGCCACAUCAGAUCUCCGUGUUUUGACAGUUAAAAUCUUAAUGUUACGGUUUAUUUCACUUCAGUCUUCUCUCACAGCAGCACCCUCUCUUGUUUUCAUACCUUCAACAUAGAAACGUUUUAAAAUCCUGACUAUUUGAUAUGAGGUGUUACUACAGACCUCACAUCUGUGUGAAAAUCUGCUGCUUUAAGUUUGUAAGUCAGUCAAAGACGUCAGUUCUGUUUAAUUAGAAAUAAAAUGUGUGUUUGCAGUCUUGCAGGUUACGUCGAGGCUCUGGCUUCCAAACUUGGGAUGCAGGUUCCAGAUCUGACGCCCAAACAGGCCGACAUGUGGCAGACCCGGGUCAGCUCUCACAUGGUGAGUGUAAAUUAGAGAUUUGUGCCUCUUUUAUUAUGUGUUUAAAAACCUGACGGUUGAGGUCCCACAGCUCGAGACUAAAGUCUGAAGAGUUUGAAAUUCAUAACCUUUUUGCACUCAACAGGACUGCAUUUUCUUAAACUAUAUUAUCUAUAUUCUAAAUAUCUUUACUGCUUUUAACCUUAAAUUGUGUUUUUAAAAAAAAGGCAUUUUAGGUGUCAUAAUAGAUCAAGUCUUUUGGAGGAAACUUUGAUACUUCUCUUGAUUUUAAUAUGUAUAUUUCUUGGUCUUUCUGCCUGUAUCAAACAUUAAAUGUUGUCUCUCUAACCCAGUUUGACUCACCUGUCUCUACAAGCCUAGAAAGCUGAUAUAUCAGCCCUGAUUCUUGCUUCAGUUUGAGUGUGAAACUCCCUCUGAAUUCCUCCAGGGCAGCUGAACAUGAACAAUAACUCCAAGAUUGCAAGUGUAGCAGAAAACAUACAGGAUCCAUCAGCGCCGCGUCUCUGCUCCGUCAAGCAGUGCUCUUCAUCGCCCACAGGAUGCAUGUUUUGAGCGUAGCAGCAGCAGCAGCGUAGUGCAGACCCGGUCAGAUAGGCUUAGUUUAGAGGAAACAACAUGCUCAUAACAGGUUGUUUUGCCUUUCUGUGGUCUAUGUACCGCUUUUCACGAUGAGGCUGAGUCUGGCAACAGCGGCCCCUCAAAGACAAGUGGGCUUUUCCAAAUGUCAUAGUAUAGUAUGAUAAAAUUUCAACUUCUACUUUGAAAAAAAUUCAGGUGUAGUAUGUUAAAAAAUAUCAAUGUAUAGUAUGAAAAUUUCACAUUUUAGUAUAAGAAAAAUGUAUACUGUGGCACAGUCUGCACCAUGGUGUAUUAGCUACCACUCUCACCUAACAGCAAGAAGAUCCCAGGCUAGAAUCCCGGUCAUUGAUGGUAUAAAUAUUUCAAAUUCUAGAAUAAAACCAUUUCAUGGUAUUGUGUGUUAAAAAAAGUCAUAGCAUAUAAUGAUAAAAAUGUCAAAGUAUAGUAUGAUAAAAAUUUCUAAUUCUAGUAUGAAACAUUUUUUAUGGCAGAGUAUGUUAAAAAAAUGUCAUAGUAUAGUAUGUUAAAAACUGUUAAUGGAAAGUAUGAUAAAAAUUACAUACUACACUAUGAUAAAAAAUUUUUAUUCCAGAAUUAAUAUUUGACAUAGUAUAGUUUGAUAAAAAUGUCAUAAAAUACUUUGACAAAAAUGUCAUACUUCAGUGUGGUAACAAAAUCACAUCUAAGUAUGAGAAAAUGAUAACUUGUUUAGUGGUUUAGGCCUUGAUGUGAUGGUCAGCACUGUCAUCUGAGAGCUGGAAGAUUCUGGUUCGAACCCCUGCCAUUGAUUGUAGAAACAUGUUUAUUUCAACUUUGAAAAAAAUGUCAUGUAGUAUGUUAAAAAAUAUCAUAGCAUAGUAUAAUUAAAAUGUCAUACUAUAGUAUGUUUAAAAAUGUCAGAGUAUGGUAAAUAAAAAAUUCAAAUUCUACUAUGAAAAAAAUGUCAUAGUAAAGAAUAAUUAAAAAUGAUCCAUUCUUAUAUGAAACAAAUAUGUUAUAGUAUGUAAAAAAAUGUCAUAGUAUAGUAUGUUAAAAAUGUCAUAGUAUAGUAAGAUAAAAAUUUUAAGUUCUUAUUUGAAAAAAAUAUGUUAUAGUAUUUAAAAAAAUGUCAGAGUAUAGUUUGUAAAAAAUGUCAAAUUGUAUUUUGAAAUAAAUGUCAUAGUAUAGUAUGAUAAUAAUGUCAUACUGUACUAUGAUAAAGAAUUCUACUUUCAGUAUAAAAAAUUGACUUAGUAUAGUUUGAUAAAAUGUCAUAGAAUACCAUGAUUAAAAUGUCAUACUUCAGUGUGAUAACAAUUUUACAUCGAAGUAUAAGAAAAUAAUGUCUUGUUGUGUUGUUGGCACUGUGGUGUAAUGGUUAGCACAUUUCUUAUCACAUUCUAGUAUGAAAAUAUGUCAUAGUAUACUCUGAUAACACUUUUAAAUUCAAGUAUGUUAGAAAAAUGUCAUGAUGAAAAUUUCAAAUGCUAGUAUGAAAAAAGUCAUACUAUAGUAUGUUAAAAAAUAUGUCUUAGUAAAGUAUGAUCAACAUUUCAUGUUCUUGUUUGAAAAAAAUAUUUUAUAGUAUGUAAAAAAAAAUCAUAGUAUAAUAUGUAAAUAUAUAUAUAUAUAUACAUUACAAUAAGUUUUUUAUUCUAGUUUGAAAAAAAUGUUAUAAUAAAGUAUGUUAAAAAACCACCCAGUGAAAUUGGUGGUUUGGUCUUGGACCCAGAGCUCAUUCUCAUUCUCUUGAGGAUCUCUGAAAUCAUUUAUUUCCCUCCAUCAUCCUCCCUGCAUUUCCGUCUUUCUCUUUCUUUUUCCUCAAAGUGAUCAGCUCAGACUGACCUCUUUCUAUAACGAUCGUCUCGUAGUGUUUUUUCUGUAUUUUUUACACAGCCAGCAGAGGUGCGAUGACUAAUAAGGAGAAUAUGAGCGAGCAAGAGGCCAAAGUCCCCAGCUGAAGUUUAACGGUGAUGCUGUAGUAAUAAUGGCUUCUCAACCCUCCAGGGCAGCCAGGAUACUCUGACACUGAUAUUUCUCAUCGUUUAUUAACACACCAAGAACAACAGGUCGCCCUUACCUUUAAAGUUUGCGACGACACGGCAGGAAAUUCACCAAAACAAAAACAUAAAGAAGCUGUAAUUGAGCAGGAAACUGCAGCUGCUGGAGGAGGCACAUCAGAGAAAAAAUACUGUAUAAUGAGAAAACACAGCAGACAGAGAGAGAAACUGAUGUCAGCAGUCUGCAAAAAUACGCUUCAGAUCAAAUCUAUCAAAAGCUCCGCAGAGGAUGACGGCGGAAAAAAGAGGGAGCUCCUGCAGGUAGUCUAAAAAACUUUCCUGUCCAGGGAGUGAAAGUGACGGACGCUAAUGUGAGUCAGUGUUUGAAAUGAAGUUUUUCUGUCGGGUAAUAAUAUGAGAAUGUAUUUCUGUCCUGCAGGGGAAAGGGAUCGGAGUGUCCAUCGGGUGUAUUCUGGGGAUGUUCCCGCUGCUUUUUCUUGGAGAUGAGGAUGAGAAGGAGAAAGACGCACAACCCGGCAGUGACGCAGCAUCAGACUCCUCCUAACAAACCGCCAACGCCAUCACACUGCCGGACUCAACACCGCUGAAGCCGACUUCACAAACAGAAGUAUUUAUAUUUGAAUGUUCUCUGCUCAGGCGGCGUUUACAGGCCCUCGCUCUCCUCACGCUCUGAGGCCGUUUGUGUAAACUUCUGAGGCUGAUAUUUAACCAAGCGGGGGUGUUCUCUCUCCGUCUGAUCCAUCAGCACAUGCUGCCUGUUUGUUCAGUAUGUCUAUUUAAUUAGAUGUCUACUUUAAAUUCACCAGUUGUAGUCUUGUUGAUCAGAUUUCUUCCCACUCCUUAUUGACCUGAUUGAUUGUUAAAUGAAGCAGCUGCUUUUGAUACAAAUGACAAAAACACUCCUGGAGGAAUUUCCUGAAAAUAAGUCUUUAUAAACGAACAUUUCACCCCCGAGAACAUCCUCUUCUUCAAAUUUAAAUGCUGAGAGGCGGCUGUGAUCACAGGAGGAAUAAAGAAACACAUAUCGAGGCUCACGUUAAAAGUGACAGUCCACACUCUCUAAAAGUGGAAGUCUCGCAUAAUUUCUGUCACAGGUGAUUUGAGAGUAAGGACACCUAAGUUCUGACUUCAGUCACUCUUCAGACAGCUCACAAGUUAAUCCGUAAAAUCACCUGAAAAUCACAACUGCUCACUUUAGUGUAAAGAGGGGAAUGAAGUUGGAAAUCUGCCUGAUGACUUUGAUUCACUCCUGCUGCUAAACUACUGCUUUCAAACCUUUAAUGAAGUAAAGUCGAUGAAGAGACACUAUCAAGAAAAAGAAAAGCUUCCAUCAUCUGAUAACACUUACAAUCAGUUUUGAUUUUACAGCAAAAUAAGCACAAAACAGCCAAACUAAAGCAGACAGUCGUCGCUCUCACCAGUUUAAGAUGAAUGAGUCUGGAUUUAAAGGCUCUUGGAUUAUUAUAAAACUCUUUAUUAUUUCAGCAGCUCACCGCCCUGUUUUAUAAAAUCUCUUUAAGUUUUCCAUCUUUUCCUGAGCAGAAACUUUAUCAAGUUUAAGAUUUCGUUUAAAUAACAGUGAUAAAAGUUCUUUUACCGGGAACCAAACAGACAUGAGUGACGGAUCAAAGUUGCUGAACUUGGAUAUCAGCUGUUUGGCUCUUUUGCUUCUUAAAUCUUGAACCAAAAACAGAGAGAAGAAAAAAACUCCUCUGCUACCUCGACAAGAAUCUUUUGUUUUGCAUGAAGACCUGAUGUAGCUCUACAAUCACAUGUUUUCAUAUCAGAUGUUUUUAUGAUGCUGGAAACUUCCAGAUCUUUGGACAGAUGAAUGAGGCGUUCAGUGGCGACACACACUAUUGGAAACUGGAGCUUCUGUUUUAGUUGGAGUCCUCCUCUGUGUUUGUGUUUUCCUGCUCUGUUCCCUCGUUCCCUCCCUCCCUCACAGACUCUUGACUCAGGUCCAGCCGUCUGUGUAAUUAGUUUUUUGGAGCGCGUUUCCUCAGACUUGGAGUUACAGAUGGUUGGAUUCCGCCGCACAUCACCGUGAAGCCCAAAAACAGUUAAUACCAUAAGGAGACAGGCGGGUGGUUUUCAGUGCUUUCUGUGACCUCGUCUCUCUCUCUCUCUUGAGCUUAAAGCACAUAUUUAAAAUGCUGUUUGAUGGUGAAUCCACUCAACCUUUGAGAAAAUUUGAGAUUAAAUGUUCAUUUAUUCCUUCAUUGUAACAGCUGGCUUUGAAACUUUUUCUACACUAGACAAUAAAUGUGGAUCGAUUAGUUUCAUUCUUUGAAAAGUUUGAAAAUCACCAAAACUUUGAGUAUAAUAAUGAUGAAGAUUGAAGAAGCCAGCUGGUAUUUAACAGAUUUUCUUUUUUAAAGGCGUAAAUCCGUCUACAUCCUCGAAUCAAAAGAGAUUAUGGCUGAAGUUUGAGUCUAAACUCAAACAGACUGUGGACAGAAAUGUUUGAAUAAUAUUGUAAUGAGGGUUUGGAUUCAGCUGACAAAGUCUUUCACUGGAUCAACUCUGAAAGCCUGGAGGGAUUUUUAUUUUGUCCCAUAAAAGAAAGUUUUCCUUGUGAGGAGGAAAAGGAGCAAUACGCUAAACGCUGGUAACUAAUAAGUAAUAAUAUGAGGAAUCUGUGUCUUUACAUGGAUGUCUCAGUCACCUCAUCUGUGUGAGGAGCAGAUUUUAUUUUGUUUUUAUUCUCUCCAUGUUUGACUUUAAAUCUCAUUUUGUACAGAAAAAAAAAACUGACUGGAGGAGAAACUUUGAUGCAUAUGAACAAAUGUAAUCUCUUAGCUAUGUCUGUUAAAGGAAUGCUAUGUUGUGCUGCCAUCUAGUGGACAGUCUGGACCUGCACUGGAACAUGUAUGUAGUAUAAAAACAAGUGAUGUCCAAGGUUUGAUUGUACAGUUUGCGUUUUAAAACAUGUUUUCGUUGAAACAAAUAAACUCGGGAGUGUUUACCUCUGGUCUGCAGGUGAA